UCUUCAAUGGCUGACAAAUGCAUGUCUCUCUGGUCUUAUUGAGGCUGGAAAUAGCCAAUGACAGUAACUUUCCAAGGUUUAUUAAAAGUUAUAGUGCCCCACAUUUUGAUCUUCGAUCAAAGGAGAGAAUCAAAUCAUCAUAUGCGUCUGUGGUGGCGGCGAAACCAAUAAAUAAACUCAAAAGUUCUGAACAGCACGGCGAGAGGAAAUUUGAUGAAAUAACUCUUGAAUUAUUUAUUCCAAAAGAAGAUGUAAAAUUAAAAGACAUCCCCCAACCAGCUAUCGAUAUGGAUGAUAGAAUAAACAUGGAAUCGACGUUAGAAAAAUCUGAGGAUGGCAGGAAUAUAAAUAGUAACGACUACGUGAACCAAACAAGUGCCACUUCUAGUAAAGACCAUUCAAGAGAAGACUCCAUCAGUAAAGAGAUCAGUUCAAAGCCUGGAAUAUUUCAUAAUACAAGACCAAAAAGUCAUAGUCCAACAAUUACAACACCUUUAAAGUUCUAUUAUGGAAAUCCAAGUGUUGAAUUAACGAAAGGAAUACUGCACAUAUAUAAGGAAAAUCACCCAACAUCAUUAGAUGAAGAUGUUACUAGAAGUGAAAUGAUCUGUAUUCUUGCAGUACCAGCAUCGUACACCAUCCACGAUCUGUUAAAUUUUACAGCACCAAUGAGUGUAUCUAUAGAACACAUGCAAAUCAUUCGAGAUAAAAAACCUAAUCAAUAUAUGGUGUUAAUGAAAUUUAGUAAUCAAGGGAGUUGUGAUGAAUUUUACUCUUAUUUUAACAAUCGUCCAUUCAAUUCCAUUGAGCCAGAUAUUUGUCAUUUGGUCUAUGUUGCUCAAGUUGAGGUCAUGAAGGAGUCUGAGGGAGGAUCACAACCAAUCCCUGGAGUUACGGAAUUACCAAAUUGUCCAGUCUGUUUAGAAAGAAUGGAAGAAUCUGUUGAUGGUAUUUUAACAGUGCUGUGUAACCAUGCAUUCCACAGGUCAUGUUUACAAAAGUGGGGAGAUACCAGUUGUCCAGUUUGUCGAUAUAUACAAACCCCAGAAGAAACAGUAGAUAAUCGUUGUAUGAAAUGCUCUUCUCAUGAAAGCUUAUGGAUUUGUCUUAUUUGUGGACAUGUUGGCUGUGGUCGUUAUGUUGGCUUGCACGCUUACAGACAUUUUCAAGAGACGAAUCACACAUAUGCCAUGCAACUAGGAAAUAAUCAAGUGUGGGACUAUGCUGGUGAUAAUUAUGUUCAUAGAUUGGUUCAAAAUAAAUCUGAUGGAAAAUUGGUAGAAGUUGAUGAGGGGGGAAAUAUUGUUCAAGAUGAGAAGCUUGACACGUUGACACUUGAAUACACUAAUUUGCUAACAACACAAUUAGAUUCCCAGAGAUUGUAUUUUGAAGAUCAGAUGGUUGAAGCAACAAAACAGUACCAAGAACAGGUAGAAGAAUUAACAAAACGGUGGAAAACUCAGAUGGAAGAACUAGAAACAAAGGGUUUUGCCUUUUCAGAAGUUUACAAAGAGAAACAAGCUCUUGAGCGGAAGUGCUCAAACUUACAUAAUCGUUUAACUAAAGCAUUGACCGAAUUACAAGAUGAGAAGCAAAUGAACUCAUGUUUAAGGGAAAACCAAAAGCAAUGGCAAGAUCGAGUUGCUGCAUUAGAAUCGGAAGUAAAGAAAAUCAGCACUGUAAAAGAUGAGGAAAUAAAGGAUCUACAAGAUCAGCUACGUGAUGUCAUGUUCUAUUUUGAAGCUCAAGAAAAAUUAGCUAAUAGUACCGAAAUCUCUAAAGAGGAAUUACAAGAUGGUCAAGUUUUUCUUGGUGCCUCUGCAUCUGCUAGUCAACCUGGUAAAAAAACCAGAAAAAAGCAAAGAUAAAAAUUCUUGCUAUAUGAUUUUGUGAAAUAUUUAAUUUAAGUGGCAACAAACCAGUUGCUUCAUAAAUGUUUUAAAAAAAACACUGCAUUUCUAUCCUACUUAAAAUACAUGAUCUAAUUAAGCAAAUCCAAGCACACAAAACUAUUUAAUGAAUUACAUGUAGCUGAUUGUGUAGGAAAACGUUUAUCACUUUAUUUCACCUGUAUAUUGUUGGAUUAUAUUCUGCCAUGUUGCUACAUAUAUUUUUUGUGAUAUGUAAAUAUUACCUUGUUAUUAUAAAUGAUUGUUACCCUUUGUGUGUAUCAAUCUUGUAUUUAUUUUAAAAGUUAAAUUAUCAAUAAAAAAAAAUAAAAAAAAUAAACAGUUUCAAAUUACAAUGAAUAUCACUCAUAAAUAGUGUUUAAUAGGCCAUCAGUCAAUUAAAGAUACUUUAUGGGAGAUUAGAUAAAGAGCUGGCAGUUCUCACCAUAAUAGUUAAAAACUAGAUAAUGUAAAGGGAAUUUGCUAAAAAAUUUCAGUCAAAUUGAUCCACUCGGAACCAAGGAUUUUGGGCCUAGCCUCGAUCAUCAUUACUAAAGUCAUUACUAAAGUCGGUACGAUAAAAUACUUAGUCACAAUUAUCCAUUUCUUGAUUUAAUCAUGAAUGAGUGUUGAGCAGCAGAUCGGAUUCGAAUCCAGUAAAUAUAUAUCACAGGCUAACAAAGACAUGGGGAGUUGAUUAUGGCCUGCAUAAGUUAAUUAAUGUCUAAUUAAUAAUUUAGAUAACAUUUCAGGCCUAAAGAAAGACCUUGCAUAAUGUAUUUUUAAUAUUAAAAUUAAUGCACAUGGAAAUUAUAAUUCUGAAGGUAAUCUUUUGUGGUUACCACUGUAAAUAAACUUGUUUUUUUUAUA